AUGAGGAAGAAACAGCAAAGUAACAGUUUUUUCAGAACAGAAUCUGGAUCACAAGCUGAGCAUGAGUCAACAGUGUUCGUGGUGCAACAGCAAAGGCGAACACCACACCAGGCUCAGGAAACGGGAGUAUCGCCUGUGAAACCUGCGAAGCAAUCCCUGGGCUGGUACUCAGCACUGGUGCCAUCGAGGGCACGUCCCCAGUCUAUGACUGCUGGCACGCUGCUCAGCGGAGAGUGCAGAAUGGGUGCUGGUGUAACUUCAUUAUCUGCUUUUUCUGUUUCGAGACAGACUGUCUUUAAGUUACUAAUCCGCCUUGCCAAUAGCAAAGGCAUGUUAUCAGAAAACACUGCCUGGUUUAUUCACCUGGGUUAUGCAAACUUCUUUUUCCAAUGUGUCUGCCCUCUGAAAACUGCAUUGGAAGCUCUGCAGAAAAUCAGGAAGUGUUUGUUUCUGAAUACAUUACAUUUCUCCCUCCCCCUGUUUUUAUUCUUUAUUGCUCCAGUCAGUGCGCUGAAGCAUGACAAGAGCUCAAACUCGGCAAACUUCCAAGAUGUGGAGGAUACGCCUGACAGAUGUGUCUUGGAAGAGUCUGAGAGUCCAGGUGAGAGGCAUUUAAAGACAGUCACUGAGUAUCAAGUGAUAAAUCUGACAUAG